AAGCCUAAGACACUUAAACUCCAGCGAGAUCAGCCUUCAACUGUCUGUCCGGACAUCACAUCUCAGCUGUCGGGGAAAGUAUGGAGCUCGAAAACUUCAGAAAUUUGAGGGAGAGGUGCAGCGUGAGGCGGGACAUCAUCAGAGAGUUUCUGGCGGAAUUACUAGGGACAUUCGUACUAAUACUCUUCGGUUGUGGUUCAGUGGCCCAGACUAUUCUCAGCAGAGAAAAACAUGGAGAAAAUCUUACCAUCCACUUUGGCUUUACUCUAGGGGUGAUGCUGGCUGUGUACAUGGCAGGAGGCGUGUCAGGUGCCUUCGCAAAUUUUGCUGAUGGAAAACAAAUUGUAGUUGGUGAAAAUGCCACAGCAGGUAUCUUUGCCUCAUAUCCACGUGAAAAUCUCUCAUUGUUAAAUGGAUUCAUUGAUCAGGUGAUUGGCACAGGCGCCCUGGUCCUCUGUAUUUUAGCCAUUGUUGAUAAGAAGAAUAUUGGGGCACCUAAAGGAAUGGAGCCACUGGUUAUUGGUCUGAGCAUCCUGGCUAUCGGAGUGUCCAUGGCUCUGAACUGUGGCUAUCCCAUCAACCCUGCCAGAGACUUGGGACCUCGGCUCUUCACUGCUAUGGCAGGAUGGGGACUAGAGGUGUUCAGGGCUGGAAAUGGCUGGUGGUGGGUUCCAGUGGUCGGGCCGAUGGUGGGCGGUGUGGCCGGGGCAGUGAUCUACUUCCUGAUGAUUGAGCUGCAUCACCCUGAGCUUGAGAAAAACCUUGAAGAUGACAACAGCAUCAAAGAUAAAUAUGAAUUGAACACCGUGAACUAGAAAGAGAGGGAAAGUAUGGUAUCUUUUCCUUCACCAUAGACCUCAAACAAGAAGCACUGUUAUUUCUACACACUCUCCUUCUCUGUCUUUUCCUCUAGAUCUCUUUUCUGAGUCUUUUGCCAAGUCAGUUCAUGAAACCAAGCAGCUAUGAAAGACAGCAAGUGUUAAUUAUCUAUAAUUCUAGCUUUUUCAAGUUCUUAACAAGUUUAACUUUUUCAAAGAUCACCAUUCAUUCUAUCUAUUCUAUAGAGCGAUCAACAGCAGAAACAGUAUUUUAUGUAAAGCAUCCACAGUUUUACCAUCAACACCACUGCCAGUAAAAGAUCACAGGUGCUAACAGAUCCUCCAUAUUAACAACUCUGGAAUGUAUAUAGAGAUAAUCAUAAUUUUUAACUGGUUUCUCAGGUUUCCUUUUUUGUUUCUUAAGAUAUAGUCAAUGCAGGUUGUCUAGCCUCAGCCAGAGAGAGUUAAACCACUCCAGCAUUGCACCUAUAUUUUU